GUGGGCACAGGUGGGUGGCACUGGUGGGCACAGGUGGGUGGCGCUGGUGGGGCACAGGUGGGUGGGCACAGGUGGGUGGCACUGCUGGGCACAUGUAGGUGGCACUGCUGGGCACAGGUAGGUGGCACUGCAGAGUGGCACAGGUGGGGGCACUGCUGGGCACAGCUGAUCGGAACUUGCGGGGGUCACUGCUGGGCACCGAUCAUCAGGGCACUGAUCAUCAGUGCCCUGAUGAUCGGUGCCGAUCCCCGCUCUGACAACUGCCGGUUCUCGGCAGUACUUUCCUCACGAUCUGACAGCGUGAGGAAAGUGCAGCCGAGAACCGGCACUUGC